AUGGCAGCCGCGGCUUCUUCCCCCUCUUCUUCCUUGUGCGCCACCACGGUGCUGCUCCGGAAGGGGAACCUCAACGGCGGCGGCCGCCUCGCGACGCACUCCCUCUUGUUUGCCACUCGUCCGGGCAAGGCCGCCCAAAGGUGUUUCUCGUCCUCAGUUUCUCAUCUCUUGCCUUUCCUUACGUUUCGACUCCUCGAUCCUUCAAGGGAAUUCCAUAGAAGCUCUAGGACCAUUCGGGGAGGAUUCGAAGUGCCGGGUGUGAUGAGAACUGCUUAUUUGUGGCCGAAGAGAUUUGAAUCCCACAUCUAUCCUGAUAGAAGCGGUGGAAUUCGAUAGAAUCUUUGUGUCGCUUGCACGUUUUCUUUCGCACUUGGGAAUGAUUUUCAGCUUCAGCAGACUAUUUUAUCUCCGCCUCUUCUUGGAUAAAACCUUGUACGUUAUGCUGUUAUGAGCCUUCAGAACUUAUCAUUUAGUUGUUCCCAACUGAACGACUGUAUACUUUUUCCUCUCUAGAUCUGCUCUUUAACCAGAUCUUCAGAAGGAUCGCCGUCUCCUGUUGAUGCCUCCUUGAAAAAUUCUAGCCGUCUUCCUCCUGAGAUAAAAGCGGAUAUCCAUCAGCUUGCAUCCAUUUCUUCCAAGUCCCAUUGAAUUCUAAACAGGGAUCUCUCCUGUUUCCCACCAUUCAAAUACCCGUUGAGAUAACACCUCUGUCCUGCAGCUGCCCUAGGAGAGGAAAAGAUAGUGAAGAGGGCCGGAAUUGAUGAUUCGAUCACAGAACUACACUCUAGAUUUUGGCACUAAUUACUGGGGAAAAACCCAAUAAUGAGAUAGGUGCCUUUACAUGCGACUGCCAAUAUCUCUCGGAAUCAAUUUCUCAAAACAACAAAUGAUGGGAUUCUUGAUGUAAUAAAACAUGAAGCUAGACUGGGUAGUUCAAGGCAUGCUGGCCCUGCAUUUCAAUGAGGUUCCUACUAUGUUCAUCAGAUUACUGUUUUGUUAAAUACCUGCUCUUUUUUUUCAGUUGACUAUAAUCAAUUGCUAGUAGUCUAUUCGAGAACAACUCCAUCUUCAAUCCCAGGAGUGUUGCGAUUGAACUCUGAGAAUCGUCCCAAUUUUGUGAACUUAUUGAAAGAUAAAGGAAUUCUCGGCCAUUUAUUGGUUCAAAAAUCCUAAAAAUCAUCCAGAUGAUUUUACUGAUCCUGUUUAAUUUAUGGUUCAGGAGGAGGCCACAAACCACAGUAAGAGCGACUGUGCGUGUUGAUAAAUUCUCAAAGAGUGACAUCAUCGUUUCUCCUUCUAUUCUCUCUGCCAACUUCUCAAAGCUGGGGGAGCAGGUUAAAUUCUUCAACUUGGAAUAUAUUUAAGAACCCUGUUUUAAUAUAUGAACUCUCAUCUUCAUCCGAAUCUACUGGGAAAAAAAUGAUUCAGGUGGGUAUUUGAUAUUUAGUCAUGUUAUUUCUGUGGCUAUCUCCUGAUGCUUGAUUUCCAUUCGUUCUCUUUCCUCAUUUUUGUAAAUUUUCUCAUUUGCCUCUUAUUAAAUCCAUCAAGCUAUACCUGUAUUUUUUUAUCAUCUUUCUCUAUCGUCUUUCUAUAUCCUGAAGUUCACAUGUGGGAUAUUUACUACUAAUAGGAACUAAAUCUGCCCCAUUGUUCAGGUGAAAGCAGUCGAGGUGGCAGGAUGUGACUGGAUCCACGUGGAUGUGAUGGACGGUCGCUUUGUGCCAAACAUUACCAUUGGACCCCUCGUAGUUGACGCCCUUCGCCCAGUGACUGAACUUCCGUUGGACGUGCAUUUGGUAUUACUGAUAUUAUCAUUUAUAGUUUUUUACUUUUCAGAGAAGUUUAUCUGGUCGCGGAAAGUAUUACUUUCGAGCCAUCAGUGUUUCUUCUGUCCAAGCUUUUAGUGAUGAAGAUCUCAUUGUUGCAGAUGAUUGUUGAGCCAGAGCAGCGAGUGCCUGACUUCAUCAAGGCUGGGGCUGACAUCGUUAGUGUUCAUUGUGAGCAAUCCUCAACCAUCCAUUUGCACCGAACUGUUAAUCAGGUAUGAACACGGUUCUUCUCCAGCAGCUCUACUAGGCAUGCCAAUUUUUUUAAAAUGGGUGUAUGAGAUCUCAGCCACGACGAUGCUUUUACCAUUUUGUCGAACCUGAUUGACUCAUAUAAAGUAUCAAGAAAAAAUAGCUUGGUUCACCGAUAAUGAAUCUGUUCCUUUAAAUAGCAGCGACUGGAAGUUCAGUAAUUUCUGAGCAGAUUCCUUCUAUCAUUUCAUAAAGUUUAUCUUCUGCUUCAUUAUUCAGAUUAAAAGCCUUGGAGCGAAAGCUGGGGUAGUCUUGAACCCUGCCACACCCUUGAGUGCCAUAGAAUAUGUUCUUGAUGGUAAGAGCCCCUCCCUUUGGCCUCUGCACUAGGGAAUCCUAAGAUUCGAGCUCUUCCAAUUUGAAAGACCAGUUAUUUCCAACUUGAUUUGGAUAUGCUGCCAUUGAUCCGCACCAAGCUCAUAUCCCAGUUUGGCUUUUAACAGUGGUUGAUCUUGUCCUGAUCAUGUCGGUGAACCCUGGCUUUGGUGGUCAGAGCUUCAUCGAAAGCCAAGUGAAGAAAAUUUCCGAAUUGAGAAGAUUAUGCGCUGAGAAGGUACAGCCGAAGAGUGUGAUCAAUCUGGCCUCUGAACUAAGUAGCUCAAGUUUUCGUACUUUCUAUAUCUGACCAUGGAGCUGAUGAUUCCAGGGAGUGAACCCGUGGAUUGAGGUAGACGGCGGUGUCACCCCAUCAAAUGCUUAUAAGGUGGGACGAAGCCUUUGAAAUUUUCUGCAUGAUUUCCAAAGUCAAGUUUUUUCCAUAAUUCCUCUCAUUUCUACUGACGGGAUUCUUCUGGGGAAUCUGUGGGUUCCCAGGUGAUUGAAGCUGGAGCCAAUGCUCUCGUCGCCGGCUCCGCUGUCUUUGGAGCUAAAGACUAUGCCGAGGGUAAGAUCAUAACACUGGUUGUACGAUUAGGAAGCCAAUCUCAUCUCUCUGAUCAUCUUUUCCGGUGGUGCAGCCAUAAAGGGCAUCAAGACGAGCAAAAGGCCCGUGGCACUGCCUGUUUGA